UGAGACGAAUCGAAACGCGCAGAUGCUUAUGUUAGAAAUUGUGAUAGGGGUGGCGGCGCGGUCUUAGGCCGUUUGGGGUUAUGAUUUUUUGUAAAACGCUGGAUUUCAUAUCUGCGUUGCAUUAGGAUUAUAUAGUCAACUGUUUCAUAACAUUUCCACGUAUAGUGUUCAGCGAAGUACGGGCCUAGAGGGUCGGAAAGUCGGCGCGGUCUGGUACUCUCCGCGCACGCCCAUAGUCUAAUAACCAUGUCUGGGCAAGGAGGUGGAGCGGUGGUACCGCGGAAUUUCCGUCUACUGGAGGAACUGGAAGCCGGUCAGAAGGGCAGCGGCGACGGCACCAUCAGCUGGGGACUGGAGGAUGAUUCAGAUAUGACCCUGUCCCGCUGGACGGGAAUGAUUAUCGGACCGCCCGGGACCAAGUUUGAGAACCGUAUGUACAGCCUGCGCCUGGAGUGCGGCCCCAAAUAUCCGGACGAGUGUCCGGCAAUACGUUUCAUCACGCGAAUCAACCUGAGUGGCGUCAAUGCCCAGACAGGAGUGGUGAGUGUCGAGGAGUUUACAGAGGAAAUGGGGAUAGGAGAUGGGCAGAAGAGUAAGGAUAUGCCAGUGUGGAUUGGGAAAUACGUCAGAGGGGUGGCUGUUCAGCGUCCUGCGUUAUUCAUACGGCGGAGAAGGUCGGGGAAAAUCAGCAUAACA